AUGGCUUCCAAUUCAAACGAAGGGAAAUUCUUCGCGGAAGAUACUAACUACGCCCUUUAUUUCCCAAUACGCAUCAAAAGCUCUUGGGGGCCUGAAAAUACUGAUACCCACGACCCGCUAAAGUGUGACAGGCGGACUCUGCCAAGGCCAACCCCAUACGGAGCUGAAGGAGGUGCUGAUGGUCAACCGACUAAAAUACCAUCUUCCGUUGGUUUGCGAGAAGCUCUCAAGCCCAUCAGAGUGUUCAGCUUCAACCAAAAUGUUCCCAUCAUUAAUCUUAGCGACGGUGAUAGCUUCCGAGUCUUUUUUGUGUCUGGCCACUUGGCUGUAAUUUAUGAUGUGAAUACGAAUGAACAGCAUAUUCUUCGUGGACAUGUUAACACCAUUGUGUGCACUUGUGCGAGCAGAAAUCGUCGCUGGUUGGGCUCGGGCGACUGCGGUCCGGACAGCGCAGUCAUCGUCUGGGACGCGCGCAAGCACGUGGCGGUGCGCACGAUGCUGGACAUCCACACGAGGGGCGUGUUCGCCAUGCAACUCACGCCCGACGCUCGUUACCUAGCAACGCUGAAUGCUGACGAUGGCAAUCAGCUCUUUGCUGUUUGGAAUUGGUCUAUAUCUACAGAUGAACCCCUGUGCUACACUCAACUCCCGGACAACAUCGGCACUCAAAGGAAGAUAGCCUUUAAGCAGGAUGACUACUUCCAGGUCAUGUCCAACAGCGAAACUCACGUGGUAUUCUAUCACUGGAAAAUCGAAGGAUGCAUGACCUCACACUCACCCACUCUCAGUUCCGAGACUUUCCGGAAGAAUUACGGUAAAUUUGUCAUGUCUGAGUACAUUCCGGGUACCAACAUGGCGAUAACAGCAACAACUUUGGGAUUUGUCGUCGUCUGGGGCACCAGCCGAAGAUUGCAAACCCAGGCCAACGUAGGAUCAUGUUUUAAAGUUGCAAUCAAGCUUGUUCCCAUCCACCCGGUUGGAAUCACCUACCUCACUAUAACAUCUUGUGUGUCGUCAAAACUGGCCAUUGUUACGGGCGACGAAAGGGGUCAGAUUCGGUUCUCGGACAUGAACUUUAAGCUUCUUAAAUGGCAUAAUGAUACCCGAUAUGGUCCGAUUUCGUCAAUCAGCUUUGUGCAGAAAGAACCCUCAAAUUCUUGCCUUGAAGAAUUCAACGCUCGAAGGCACUCUGAUGACAAAGACGAUUCAGAACCUUCUUUUGUCACUGAGGAUUUUAUUGUGUGCACCACACGGGCGAUCAUUCUGGUUAUACGCGUCGAAAAGAAGACCAUAAAGCUUCUCGAACGAGAACAAUGUGCAACCGUCAACGCUGUUGCCGUCCAUCCUUUACGGCACCUAGUAACCACCGUUGGUUAUAGCGGCAUGGUCAAGACAUGGAACUACAGAUGGCUGGUACCUGUACGAACGCGCGUUUUCGACAACGAACAUCUGAACGCCUGUGCCUAUGAUCCGAGUGGCAGCUACCUUGCCAUCGGGUUUACUUCUGGUCGUGUGAUGUUCCUCGAUGCCAUCACUUUGAACGAUGCAAGUCGGAGACCUUUCGAUUAUGCCAAAGGUGUCAUCAAGAAAAUCGCCUUCAGCCCAGACGGCCAAUACUGCGCCUACGUUGAUUCGCAUUUCUCAACGACGAUGUUACGCAUGGUUAAGUUGUGCGAUACAAACAAGUACAAGUGGGUCUUCGCUGGCCGAUACUGCGCUCACGGAGACGAAAUUGUGGACAUCAUGUUCAAGGCGACCUCCAACCCUGAAUUGCCCAGACUUCUUACACUCGGUGAAGACCGAAUGGUGGUCGAAUACGACGUGCAGAAUGCAAAGCACACUGUUCUUCCAUUGAAGAGACGCAUACAGGUGGAGCAGUUUGCAAAACCGCAGUGCUUCACCUCACUGGGCGAUUUUUACAGCGAGGAUUUCAUUUGUGUUGCCAAUUCUUAUUCAAAAUUUCGACUCCUAUCUGCAGAUAAGCUAGCCAUUAGAAAAACCGUUAUGGCACCAAUAAAAGGUGCAACAUUUGUUAACCUGGCACCAUUGCCAGAAAAAGAUGAUUUUCCAACCCCUCCGGGCACACCGUUGUAUUGCGGAAACCCUGAAAACAAAAACUGUCUAGUCUAUCUCACUAACGAGCAGCUAGGUCUGGUGUUGGUUCCGUUAGAUGGCGAUCCCUACAAGGCGGUUUCGGUCAUUGCUCACCCAAGUGGCGACCACGGCACAGGAUUCGCCAACGGCCUUGCGGUUUCACCGAACAAGCGAUUCGUAUUCACCACCGGUGGUUCAGACAACUCAAUGAUCAUGUGGAAAGCCGAUCCCGGGGCUCUCGUCGCUCAAACUCGACUCUAUGCAGAUCCAAUGCAGCCCUUCCUCGAUAUGCUCUCACCAGAUCAGGUGAACGACAUGAAGGACUACUUCUACCUCUCGAUGUUGCGCGUCCAGGGGCUCACUUCAAUGGAAACACGGUUGACGUCCUACACUGUGCCCAUUACCGAGUUGCCCUACCUCAUGAGGGCGCUUGGGCUCCACAUAUCAGAUUUCGAUAUUGAAAAUAUGUUGAACGAAAUUAAGUAUUCAAGCUUCGCCUCCACCGGGCAUUACGUUACGGACAUUGAUUUCGAUACCUUUGUAAAGCUCAUGCUGAAUCACCGAGCACCAUACAAGGAAAUCGCGUUAAGUGACAUUCAAACUGCGUUCGAGGCUAUUAAAAAAGCAGAAAAACCGCAUCAGUUGGACUGUCCAGAACGUGGUCUUUGCUCGGAGCAGCCGGAACUGGCGCUUCACCGUACAAGCCUUUUUCGUUUGUUGCAGACGAUAGGUGAGCCAAUCCGCCACAACGAGCUGGUUGAAACACUGGCCGUUCUUUUUGGUUUGGCACCGGAGUCAGGCAGGGUGGAAAAUGACUGUACGAUGAGGGAACUCAAGGUCACUCGGGAAAUCGAAGAGCGCCUGCCAAGCUGCAUCACCCCCAAAGAUUUCUACACAACUGUACUUGCAGUUGACGUCUGCAACAAGCAGCCGCCCGCCGCUUCAGACGCGCAGCCCCGCGAGGCGGUGAAUGCCAACCAAUCAGCAGCAGCCUGUCAAAUCGACUCCUGA